AUGAGUUCGCCCUCGGUACAGGUUCAACCGCAACCUUCCGGCGCAAAGGGCGUUUCCCACACAACGAAAGAGGCUGGUGCUAUGAACUUCGACAUUGUCCGCUGUUCGAGAUGUCAGCGCUCCAUGAGCCUUGAAAAUGAGUCCUCCCCCGGUGUGUCGCGCAACGGAACAAGAAAGAGAAACAACAUUGUUACGAACGCAUUUUUCGUCGUGCCUUCUAGCUCCCUCCUGCUACCUCACCACCGUCUCUAG